AUGACGGUUGCAAAGGGGAAAGGAAAGCUUCAGACGCAGUUUUUCACGUCAGCAACACAACGAAGUUACGAAAAUCGAUACCAUUACAAAACCAUUAACAAGAAGCAGACUGAGUUAAGAGGACAAGCAGUUCCUGUUCGUAAACGAUAUUCAUCUCUCCAUCAACCGUACUGUCGAGAAGAUCCAGCCAGAUAUCCUUCUUCGUUGCGCGAUCUUUUCUCACUCCUCAAGGAUGGACCAGGAGCUCAAACAACACUCCCAUUCGGAUUGAAAGCAAUCCCCUUGAUACUGGGAUAUCUCAUAUCUGGACGAAGUGGCGAAGAGUUGGUCAACUCGAAAAAUUCGGUAGAAGUGGCCCAAACAAUAGCCUUAGAGGACACAGAUAAUGAUUUUACGCAGACUUGGGAACAGUUCUGUGAAUUUGAGAAGACCGGAGUUAAGGAAUUUUUGGGUCCAAUAACGGAGGAACUGAAACAGACAAACGCAGAAGUCUGGAAAGCUUUUGAAGAAACUAUCGAAAACAAAGAAGAUGGAUAA